GGCACGUGACACCCCAAAAAACAGAGAGAGAAACAUAAACAUUUAUUGACCUUCCUUCUCCGACCAUCUGUCGCCAGAGUUGCAGCUUUUUGGCGGUUUUCACUACUUGUAUAGCAGACCCAGAAGAAAAAGCAAAAGAAUGGUAAUAAAAAAGAAGGUAGCAGAAAAAAAGGUAAAAACGUGAAUUGGCACUUGCUAGGAGUCAGAACUCAGAAGAACAGAGAAGGAUUCAUUCAACCCUUUUCGUUAAAUUACCAAACUGACCUCCAACCAGCUGCUCACAGUCUCUGGGCAGAACCUAAUCUCUCUCUGCAAACGCUCUGCAACAAGGAACAAGCAAAGUUCUGCAAACAUACAGAAAGAAGGGGGGAAAAAAAUCUAAUUUUUAUUGAUAAUUAUUAAAUUGUUUGUUUUCGAAUCUAUCUCUAUCUCUCAUUCACUCGCCGUCCCCGUUCUUCUGUCACAUGAAGAAUGACUCGUUGGGCUCGUUUAACACACCACCUUCCUUCGUCAAUCUCAUUUACUGCCAAUUAUUACCCAACCUCUCAACACCGCUGCUGGCUUUACUACUGAUACUAUUUCUACUUUCUGCUAUUGCCCAGAACAGCAGUUCGUUUUUCUUCUUCGGUCGCUGUUUCAGCUACUACGGUCUACGGCACUCUUCCGUUCAGCUCAGCCUCUACGUAGCUCGGCGAUCGAGGCAUUAGGUUUCACGGCGUAGAGGGUUUUAACGUUUAUUAAGUCUUCGGCUUCCCAGCUUUCACGCUGCUUCCCGUUUGAAAAGAGAAAGAAUCCUCACGGCGGAAUAUCGGAAUACGGUGUCUGUGGUUGGAGGAAGACAGUUUGCCUUUUCUGGGUUCUGACUAAUACUGCUUAUGGGGAUGGCAAGUUACUGCAAUGUUGAAUAAUGGGACUGAUACAUAUUAUUGGAUCAUGAAACUUUAGGCGCAAAGGAACUCAGCUUUGGAUAGUAAUAUACGUACUGAUAAAGUUGAGAUGAUGGAUGGACGGCGACAUUCAGUUGACAUUCCAAUCUCCAGGACUCUUGUGGCGCUUAGGCGAGUGAGGUCGCUCAGGGACCCAUCAACCAAUUCCAUGAGCAAGUUUUCCACUUUACUUGAAAAUGUCAACUGGGAAACUACCUCCUCACACGAACUUUCCUUAAGACUCAUGAAUGAUCGUGAUGCAGUUGGUUCGUCUCCAGUUGGGUUUCCUGGAUUUGGGAAUGUGGCUCUUGAGCAACACAAGGAGGAUGAAGUUACUGAUAUGGGGGACCUAGCUGCGUAUCCUGGUGGGAAAGUUGCUGAAGAAUUGGAUAAUUGUGAGUCAAACCCAAAGGAGAUUCUUGUAAACCAACCUCUGAUUGAGAGAUAUGAGAGACAAAUGGAGUUGGCGUGUGCCUCGCCUUUGGAGGAUGUGGAUUCAACCAGUGAGCCAAUGGAGACCAGAGAUCCUCCUGCUUCAAGAGAGAAAUCCAGGCACAAAUAUCAUGUACAACCAUCUUCGUUGGGAGGUGAUAUUUUGAGCCGCGUGGGAAGUCCCAGCCUAUCCAUGAGUGAGGCUUUCUCUAGUCGAAGUGCAUCGUUGUAUCAAGAUGAAGAUGCCAACUUUGCAGUUCAAAGUGAACGUGGAUGUGGGAUCACAUGUUGCUGGAGUAGGACUCCUAGGUUGAGAGAAUCUUAUCCUUAUUCUUCUGGUGGAGAAAGCUAUCCUUUAUUGUCAAGGGAUGAAGCUAGCCCUCAUGGGCGCUGGAAAUACACAAGUAAUGAGACUCCAAGAAGUUUGAGUCAGAAGUUCAGGCCAAGGUCUUUUAACGAUAUGGUGGGACAGAAUGUUGUGGUGAGAUCUCUUCUAGGUGCCAUUUCUAGAGGCAGGGUAACUUCCUUCUACCUCUUUCAUGGUCCACGUGGUACAGGAAAAACAUCUGCUUCCAGAAUUUUUGCUGCUGCUUUGAACUGCAUAUCGCUCGAGGAGCACAAGCCAUGUGGUCUUUGCAGGGAAUGCCUUGUGUUUUUCAGUGGAAGGAGCCGGGAUGUGAAAGAAGUUGACCCCACGAGAGUAAACCGUGUUGAUAGAAUGAGAUCCCUUAUGAAGAGCGCAGAAACCCCACCUGUUUCAUCACGGUUCAAGGUUUUGAUUGUUGAUGAAUGCCACUUACUGGAUGAAGAGACCUGGUCAACAUUUUUGAACAGUCUGGAGAACCUUUCUCAACAUGUUGUGUUCUUGAUGAUCACCCCUGAUGUGGAUAAGCUGCCAAGAAGUGCAGUUGCCAGAGCUCAGAGGUAUCAUUUUCAAAUGUUGAAAGAUUCUGAUAUUGCUGUCAGGCUAAGAGAUAUAUGUGUUCAAGAGCGUCUGGACUUCGAGCAAGUGGCAUUGGACCUCAUUGCUGCUAAAUCAAAUGGUUCCCUGAGGGAUGCUGAAAUGAUGCUUGAUCAACUGAGUUUACUUGGCAAAAGAAUCACGGUGUCCCUGGUCUAUGAACUUAUUGGGGUUGUUUCGGAUGAUGAGAUGCUUGAUUUACUGGACUUAGCACUGUCGUCUGACACUUCAAACACAGUUAUCAAGGCCAGGGAGCUGAUGAGGUCCAGGAUUGAUCCUACUCAGCUUGUAUCGCAGUUAGCCAAUCUCAUUAUGGACAUACUAGCAAGUAAAAGUGAAGAAGAUAAUUCUGAAGCGAGAAAAAGGUUUUCUAUGAGACAUGCUUCUGAAGCAGACAUGCAAAGAUUGAGAAAUGCACUGAAAAUACUCUCUGAAACUGAGAAACAAUUGAGGAUGUCAAAAAGUCAAAGCACUUGGCUCACUGUUGCUCUUCUACAGUUGAGUUCUCUUGAAAAUUCUCUGGGUGCAAAUGAUUCGAAAUCAUCUUGUAGGAGUGCACAUGAAAAAGAUGGGGACUUCUCAAGUACAUCAUCUGCUGCUGAAAGGGAGAGUCACAAACACAUUGUCCCUUGCUCUUGUGGAAAAUUGCAUCAGUUGGGGAUAGAGAGGGACUGGGAAGCGACAUUAGAAUCUAUAUGGGAUAAGGCUACGCAGUUGUGCCGAUCAAAUUCUCUAAAGAGUUUUCUAAGGAAACAGGGGAAACUCUCUGCUCUUUCAGUUAAUCAAGACCUGGCUAUUGCUGAAUUACAAUUUCAUCAUCGUGACUCCGUCUCGAAGGCUGAAAGGUCAUGGAAGCUGAUAGCAAGUCUCCUCCAAUCAAUUUUGGGAUGUAAUGUGGAAAUCCGAAUCAAUCUUGUACUCUAUGCUCCCACGUCGAGGUGUGCAAGACUGCGGAAGCUUUCUUUUGGCUUGUUCAAUUGUUCUCGCAGAAUUCAGCAGAAGAAGGCCAAAUCAUCUCUUCCAUAUGGAAGUAGCGACUCUGAUUAUUCUGAUCUUACAUCCGAAAAGCCUAUGAUAAAGGACAAAGUUGUUUUACCAGAGAGUUGUCAUCACAGGCUGGAAAUGGUAAGGGCUCUACGAAGCGCCGAAGGAAAUGUGCUGAGCAUGGGGACAACUUCAUCUCACAGAUCAUUACUACAGGACAAUGCUGCGCCAAAAACCCCUGGAUGUGGAACUGAGUCUGUGAAAAAAGAGUGGGAGAGUAACCAUGACUGUGGUUUCAGUCAAGAUUGCAAAGAGGAUCAAUCACGCUGCUUUCCAAGAAAGCUAGGACUCCAGAGGAGGUCAUGUUCGCCUGAAAAUAACACUCGGGUGAUUUAUGUGGGUAACAAGCUGCAAGACAACAGCCUUCAGUUGCCUAUAUCCAAUUCAGAAUCUGCAGGAACUUAUGCCUGUAUUGACGGUGGUACUUAUGUCUGUGGCAGUGACUAUGACACCAAUAACUCCAAAAGUGAGAACGGGCUGAGAGAUCAGUCAGCUACCCUUUGCUGGAGAACGCCAGUAUCCCCCCGACGCAAGGAAUGGUGGGUGCCUCACGAGCGUCAGAGGUCGCCCUUAGUAGGGUGGGUUCUUCCAUGUGGCACGGCCAAGUAGUUGUAUGAGUAGUAAGUAACUGCGGUAGGUGAUGCAUUCAUAUCUGUGAAGAAACAUAAAUCUUCAGUUGGAGACGGGGGGAAGAAGAGAUUGAACACAAUAGCUCGUGCAUUUUUGUGUAUGUGUAUAUUCAACAACUAACUCAUGGACAAGAGUCAUAACAUAUCGAUUGUAACCCAGUUUAGCUGUUGCGGCAACAAGCAUUUGAUGAAAAUUCAUUGCCUUUGAUGUUGGCCGAAAUUGGAUGAAGUAGCCGU